AUGAAUAAUUUAACAGAUGAACAACGUUAUUUACAAUUACAAACAUUAACUAUUAAUGAUCUACAAACAUUAUUAACAUUUGCUGGACAAUCACGAACUGGCAAACGACAAGAAUUAAUUGAUCGUUGUCAUACUUUAAUGAAAUCAUCAACUAUAGUAAGAGAAAAAUGUGAAGAAUUGCAUAACAAACGUUUUGGACAAGGUGAAAAACCAACAAUACCAUAUCCAAGAGAUUCGACAAACACAUUAAGAACUACACAUCAUUUACAUUCAAAUCAACAGCAAAAUAUUGAAAUACGUCUUGCACCAUUUACAUUUAAUGAAGACUUAUGUGUUAUAUCACCACCACAUGCUAUUGCACCAUCCAAACAAUCAGCAAAUGGAACGCAAUCUUUGGCUAAUUUUUAUUUUUUAUUAACAGCACAACAAGCAUCAGAUGUAGCAACAUCAACAUUUUUUAAUACUGAUCAAUCGAAAAUUGAAUAUCGAAAACAAAUCUUAUUAAGAUUUACAACCAUUGGCGGUGAUUCAAACCAUAAUGGUACUAAUGCUCCUGAUAAAUUACCACCAAAUCUUCAUGUGCUUGUUAAUAGUCGAGCAGUUCUAUUACCACAACCAAAACCAACAGCAAAACCAAAUUCAGAUGUUAUUCGACCAGGUCGACCAAUUGAUAUAACAGAGUAUUGUCGUCUAUGUCCAUUAAUAUCAAAUUUAAUUGAAAUAUCUUGGUUUACUCAGGAUUUAUCAGCUCCACCUCCAACAUAUGUUGCUGCCGUUUUUCUAACUGAACGUAAAACAGUUCCACAAUUAUUAGCUCGUCUUUCUCGUACAUCAGCCAUUCGACCAUCAAUCGAAACUCAACGUACAAUAACACAAAUUUUAUCAGCUUCACAAACUCCACAAGGAACUGAUAAUGAUCUUGAAGUCGCAUCAACAUCACUUCGUUUACCACUUGAUUGUCCAGCUAUGCGUAUACGUAUGCGACUACCUGGAAGAGCAAUUACCUGUAAACACGUUCAUUGUUUUGAUUUAGAAGGUUAUUUACGUAUGAAUGAAAAAAAACCAACUUGGCUUUGUCCUGUAUGUAAUAAACAAGCAUUAUAUACAGAUCUAUUUGUUGAUCAAUUUUUUAUUGACAUUAUUGGUAAAUGUUCAUCAGAUGCUAAAGCUAUUGAAUAUGAAACCAAUGGACAAUGGAAAGCUGUUGGAGAAGAAAAAUUAUCUCGACGAGCACAACGAGAAAGAGAUGCGUAUAAAGCAGCACAAGCAGCAAAAAAUACAAAUGGAAAAUCAAUUGUAGAUAAUGAUCAUUCAGGUGACGAUGAUUCAAGUGAUGAACGAGCAGUUACAAAAUCAACUGAACGUCCAGCUGUAACCAAUGCCCAAGAUGACAUUCCUAUUAUUGAACUAGAUGAUGAUUAA